GAUAAUAGGUCGCCCCGACUCUGACUUGUCUGCGGUCCGGAGCAGGAUGCUCUUUCCCAGCGGUGGCCAGGACUCAUCCAGGGGUCUGCCUGACAUCAAUAACUGGGGUCUGGGCCUACAGUCCCUCAGCCUGUCUGACUGGGAGAGACCGUGGAGCAGCCAUGACACGGAUUCCUCUGCACAGACCAACACAGCCUCACUGCAAGGAAUUUUGGGGACUCCCAGCCAUCUCUCCAACAAGCCUCCGAGAUACUCGGAGCCUUCCAUUGGUGCCACAGACUUCCUAGAAAAAUUUCCCAGCAUGGCACGCUUGAACUCUCAAUCUUUCCUGGACUCUCACUCCAUUAGCCCUGUGGACUCGGAGACCAGUGGCUUCAGCUCUGGUUCUGAUCACCUCUCAGACCUGCUGUCUUCUUUGAGGAUCUCGCCGUCUGUGCCCUUCCUUAUGUCUAGUAUGCAAAGGGAUCCUCUCAAGCUAGCGCUGGGUUCUCGGAUGGACCUCCGCAGCUCCCCUCUUACCCCGCCACCCAGUGCCACCCCAAGCGGUGGUCUGUCCCACCGCUGGCCUGGUGCCUCCAUCUGGCCCAACUGGGACCUAAUGAAGACUCCUGAGAGCCCCUUCAGCAUUGAAAGAGAGGCCUGGCUUCACAGACAGGCAGCCUCCAUCAAUGAAGCUACCUUCACAUGGAGUGGGCAGCUGCCCCCCAGACACUACCAAAAUCCCAUUUAUUCCUGCAAGGUGUUUUUAGGAGGAGUUCCCUGGGACAUCACUGAAGCUGGUUUGAUAAACACUUUUAAAUGCUAUGGCCCUCUCAGUGUGGAGUGGCCAGGUAAGGAUGGCAAGCACCCUCGCUGCCCUCCGAAAGGUAAUAUGCCCAAAGGUUAUGUGUACUUGGUGUUUGAAUCGGACAAGUCUGUGUGUGCCCUGCUACAGGACUGCACUGAGGACCUGCUCCAUCCUGAGGGCUACAGCGAGUAUUACUUCAAAAUGUCCAGCAGAAGGAUGCGCUGCAAAGAUGCACAGGUGAUCCCUUGGGUGAUUUCAGACAGUAACUAUGUGAGUUGCCCCUCUCAAAGGCUGGACCCUAGGAACACUGUGUUUGUAGGAGCCCUGCAUGGCAUGCUCAACGCUGAGGCCUUGGCCAGCAUCAUGAAUGAUCUGUUCGGAGGUGUUGUGUAUGCGGGCAUCGACACAGACAAGCACAAGUACCCCAUUGGUUCUGGACGUGUAACCUUUAACAACCAGCGCAGUUAUCUGAAAGCUGUGAGUGCUGCAUUUGUUGAGAUAAAGACGCCCAAAUUUACAAAGAAGGUUCAGAUUGACCCAUACCAAAAAACAUUUAAAGCUAUGCAAGUACAUCGGUAG